AUGAUCGCUGUGCUCCCAGCGCUCGUGCAGCGGCCAGCGUGGCGCAGCCCGUCACGCAGCGCGCUGAUGCAGCAGCAGGACUCCGGUGAGCUCGCGGCACAGUUUGCCGCUGAGCGGACCCGAAGGCAGCAGCCGCAGCAGCAGCCGCCAAAAGCUGCGGACCCGGGCGAGGAGCCAUUCGCAGGCGUGCGAGAGAUUGUCCUCGACGCGGACGGAGCACCACUCGGGCUCGCUUUCGGCACGCUCAUCGCCGUCGCCUCUGUGGCGCUACUGCUAGCCAUCGCCGGCGCCGACGCCGGCGCGUCGUGA